CCUUUGUGUGGAAUCUGUGUUUUUUUGCACUCUGCUGUCCUCUUCCUUAUUGUACUACUGAUCACACUUUACUUGGCAAUACAUCGGACUUCAAUCUUUGAUUGCCAUUAAGAAUUAUACAUAAAAGAGAAGAAAAAAUGUUGUUCUUCUAGUAUUUGUCUUUGCCUCUAUGAUGCUGCUGGUUUUUUUUUACUCAUGCUGAGUCUUACUUGUAUGGGUUUCCCCAAGUCAUCAUCUCAGUUAGUGCUGAUGGAUUUCUGUAAAAAGGAGGAUUAAUUAUCUUUGAUGACCAUGGAGAAUUGUCACCGGACAGCAAACGGAAAUGGUAGGGCCGAGAAUGGUCACAGCGUUAUGGGGCACUCUCCUUACAAGCCCUGCAUUAAGGUAUCAUCAUUACAUUGGCUUGAUUUAAGAGUUUUUUAUGUGAGAGUUUCCAAAUGUGAGAUUGAUGAUUCAACUCCUGAGUACCUAACACUAAACCAUGUCCCACUGUAUCAAGACACCCUUCUUGAGGUAAACGGUGUAAGAACUAGCAUCUACUCCGACGGCAUCACAACCCUUCUUAGAAGGGAUAGGUUAGAUAAGAAAUCCGAAGAAGUUACAUUUGUUAGUACUGAUAGUAUAAGGUUGACAGGGAGUGUGAAGUUUGAGGUUUUUAGUAAGGAUGUUCUAAUGCUAUCCGGGAUUUUAGAAUUGAGUGAUUACAAUGGAUUUAUGGGACAAUCGAAAAAUCAUGGCCAGAGAUGGAGCAUGAGUUGUGAAACAGAUACAGUUGCUGGGACCGGGUUUUUGAAGGGGAGACAUUUCAUGGGCCUAGAGUCAACUUCCCCAAUGAUUGAAGUUUAUGUGGCCGGUUGCUUCUCAGGUACCCCAAUUGUCUUGACUAAGACCGUGCAGCUUAGUUUUCGCAAGAAGCAAACGAGGAAGGGGAUGCUUAACUCCAUACCUGAAUAUGAGGCAACUGAAAGCCCGAAAUAUGUUCCCUCUGGGCUUGCAUUGCAGGAUUUCGAUUACCCAAAUUACAAACCAGAAAACAAAGACUAUUACAACUUCUAUUCAGGGGCAGACUAUUUAGAAGGUGAAGAUGGAGAGCUGUCAUGGUUCAAUGCUGGUGUGAGGGUGGGUGUUGGAAUUGGCCUCAGCAUUUGUCUUGGGAUCGGAAUAGGAGCGGGCUUGCUGGUUCGAACCUAUCAAGGAACCACCAGAAGCUUCAAAAGACGGCUAAUUUAAUCCGUCAUGUCCUGUCCUCUCCUCCUUUGCCUUUCUAACCCAAAAUCAUCUAUUCUGCUCCUUCAUAACCCAAAAUGUUGCUAAUUUACAAGUGUUGUUGACGUAUACCCUGUUACAUCUUCACCGGUUAAUGAUUUCUUGGUUUUAUCUGGGGGGAAUUGAUCCUUUGAUAUGGAAUAAAACCAUAAUCUUGAUUAGAUGAUGCUCCUUCGAUGAAUGUGGGGAUUUUCUCGGCAUUUCCUGAACUUGAUGUUGUAGGAAAUAGUUUGUUGCGACUUGUAAUUAGUGCAGUCUGAUGUGGUCUCUAAUAACAUUGAAUCUCUUCUUUUGAUUUUGUUUAAUAGAACUGUUCAUAGCAAUAAGUUUUGUAAUGGAAAGAGAUUUAUGUACUUUUAAUGGAUUGUUUUGACAUCUGUGUUUAUAC